CAAAGGCUUGAAGUCAUUAAUAAGUCCAUUUAUACACAAUGGGAAGAAAGGCAAAUAAUAAGCAGGGUGCACCACCCACUUUUGAAGAAUUUAAUGCGGUCAAAGAACGUAAAGAUCAAAAGAAACGUCAAAGAGAAUCCAAAGUAACAACUUCCAAAGUUCAAAGUAAAAAGCAGAAGUCAAACGAUAAGUCUCAACCAAAGACUAAGAAAGGCAAAAAAUCCAAGACUGAAGAAGAUGUCACUGAAAUUCCGGCUGACAUUCCACACGUUGAUUAUGAAGAACUAAGCGCAGCCAGAAAAUCUUUGUUUGAUGAUGAUUCAGACGAGGAAGACGGAAAACUAGAGACACUUGAAGAUUUGGAUGAUGAAGUAGACUUAGAUGAUGAAUUUGAUGAGGAUGAUCAAGAUAUUCACGAGAAACCAAUGUUUUCGGAUGACGAAGACUUGAGUGAUGAAGAAAUUGAAAAAGUUAAUGCUGCCAACAUUGAAGAAUAUUCCAAGCAACUUGACCUCGAAAGACAGCAAGAAGAGUUAGAAGCCGAAGAAGAAUUACUUGGAGUCAAUCAGACACAGCCCCGUGCCGCAAUCUUACCACCUCAAGGAGAAGCAGAUCCAGCAUCUCAAACCAAAGAUGGCGCUAAGGAUAUCACUUUUAUCAGAACAAGAAUGUUAGAGAUCGUGAAGGUUUUGGAAAAUUUCAAAGAGUUGGCAGAAGAAGGGCGUAGCCGUAGUGAGCAUGUUGAUCAGUUAAUCAAUGACAUAUGCGAUUAUUUUGGAUACACACCAUUUUUGGCUGAGAAACUUUUCAAUCUUUUUUCACCUAGUGAAGCUAUAGAAUUUUUUGAAGCUAACGAAAUUCAUCGUCCAGUUACCAUCAGAACGAAUACAUUAUUAACAACAAGAAGAAACUUAGCACAGGCCCUUGUGAAUAGAGGUGUUAACUUGCAACCAAUCGGUCCAUGGACAAAGGUAGGUCUACAAAUUUUUGACUCACAGGUUCCAAUUGGUGCUACUCCCGAAUAUUUAAGUGGUCAGUAUAUUUUACAAGCUGCAUCUUCUUUUCUUCCAGUCAUGGCCCUAGAUCCUCAAGAAAACGAAAGAAUUUUGGAUAUGGCCGCUGCUCCAGGUGGUAAAACUACAUACAUAUCAGCAAUGAUGAAAAAUACGGGUUGCGUUUUCGCAAAUGACGCUAAUAAGGCUCGUACAAAGUCUUUGAUUGCAAACAUUCACCGUUUGAACUGUACCAACACAAUUGUGUGUAACUAUGAUGCUAGAGAAUUCCCUAAAAUUAUUGGAGGGUUUGAUAGAAUUUUACUAGAUGCUCCAUGCUCGGGUACAGGUGUCAUCGGUAAGGAUCAAAGUGUCAAAACUAACCGUUCACCAAAAGAUUUCAUUGAAAUUCCACAUUUACAAAAACAGCUUUUACUAAGUGCAAUUGACUCCGUUGACCACGCAUCUCCAAAUGGUGGUAUAAUUGUUUAUUCUACAUGUUCUGUGAUGGUGGAAGAAAAUGAAGCUGUCAUUGAUUAUGCUCUUCGCAAGAGACCUAAUGUUAAACUAGUUGAAUCUGGUUUGACAAUCGGUAAGGAUGGUUUCACAAGUUUUAGAGGUAAAAAUUUUGAUUCAAGUGUCAAACUCAGCAAGAGAUUUUAUCCACAUGUUUAUAACGUGGAUGGUUUCUUUGUUGCUAAGUUCAAGAAACUUGGACCAAGCCCAUUUGACAUAUCUAAGGCCGGUGCUUUCGAAAAAGAGAAGAUGGCUAGAGAAGAAGCUUUGAAGGAAGGCUUAAUUGCUGAUGAUUUUGCCAAAUUCGACGCAGAGGAAGAUAAAAAUAUCAUGAAAGAAUCCAUAAAACAUAGCUUGGAAAAGAAGGGUAUCGAUCCAAGGAAGGUGAAUAUAGAUGAAAAGCUAAGUAAAUUAGAUGAGGAGUAGAACUACAAGUAGAAAGAUGUACACUGAUUUAUAUAUUUUUUUACAUUUCUAUGUAAGAUUAAUACAACCAAACCCAUUUUCGGUCAUAUAGUGAAUACCAAAUUCGUCGUACUGCUGUCUUGUCCAGAAGCUCUUCGAAUUAUUCAACUUGUACUCAUUGUACGCCCAUUUGGACAUACCUCUCCAAGCAUCAAGCAUCGGAUCCUUUGCCACUCUAACAUUGAAUGGCACGUUCGUUGGUGAAAACAUGCGAACCUCUUUUUCCAUUCUUUCUUGAAAGUUCGGGAAUAAUGUACAACCACCUGUUAAGAAGAUAUCCUUGAAAACGUUCUUCACCGGCUCGCAUGCUGAUAUAUCACCAGAAAAUCCGAGCUC